GCAUUGCGCGGCCCUCUGGUGUCCCCAGGGGCCGCUGCAGUGGUAGCUUCAGCUGGGGAAGAGGACAGAGGGAGGAGCCCAGCCCGGGGCGGACUGGAGUGGACUCUGGCUGAAUACAGGGAAGAGACGAGGGGAUGAAGCUACUAGAGAAGGAGUCAGGGGACUGAGGGCCGCGGUGGGGGUGGAUUGGGGUCCCCCACGUGGGUAUCAGGGCUGGAUCUCCCCCAGCUCCUGCCCCCUUUCUGCGUGGAAACGCGCUUCCUCUUCCGUCCUCCCCUCACCCUCCUCCCCUCACCCUCCUCCUCCUCGGGAGCCCAGAGGUAAAGUCCGGGCUGAGGCAGGGGGACCUCAGAACUUGUCACUCCUCAGACUGCGACUGUCGGGAGACACUAACUCCUUGACUACCCCCUACCCCCAGGCGGGGACGUCCAGAGAGUCGGGGUGCUGCCAGAGGGGGAAAAAAGUUGCCCCCGAGAAGCUCGAACUGCUCCAGGAGGCGGGACUGGACUUUCGGGUCCUCUUGAUCAGCUGCUGCCCAGUGGGAGUCGCACUCCCGGGGGGUAGAGGGUGGCAGAAGCUUCCCAGAAUCGUCUGCUGGUCCCGGGCUCAUUUCGGGAAAAUGAGGAAGCCAGACGUGAAGAUUGUGCUGCUAGGGGACAUGAACGUCGGCAAGACCUCGCUGCUACACAGGUACAUGGAAAGGCGUUUCCAAGAAACUGUCAGCACGGUCGGGGGAGCCUUCUACCUGAAGCAGUGGCGGUCCUACAACAUUUCCAUCUGGGACACUGCAGGAAGGGAGCAAUUCCAUGGUCUUGGCUCUAUGUACUGCCGAGGAGCUGCUGCUAUCAUCCUUACCUACGAUGUGAACCACCUGCAGAGCCUCACUGAACUGGAAGACAGGUUCUUAUCUCUGACAGACACAGCCAACACAGACUGUCUCUUUGCCAUCGUGGGGAACAAGAUUGACCUCAUCGAUGAGGUCGGUGUGAAGGAUGGUGCAAAAGAUCUGAAUGACCCUGGAAAGACCAUCAGUAACUGUGACUCAGCCAGAGCCACAAAACGAGUUUGCCUGGAUGAUGCCAUGGCUCUUUAUAAGAAGAUUCUGAAAUACAGAAUGUUAGAUGAAAAGGAGGUGCCAGCUGCUGAAAAGAUGUGCUUUGAGACUAGUGCAAAGACAGGCUACAAUGUGGACCAUGUAUUUGAAACCCUUUUUGAUAUGAUGGUACCAAUAAUUUUGCGCCAGAGAGCUGAGGGACCUUCACAGACUGUGGAUAUUACUAAUUAUAAACCAGCAAAACAGACCCAAUCUAGGUGCUGUGUCUGAACCAUAAAAUGUGUUCUUUGUAGACUUUCAAAUUGUUAAGAAAGCCUCCAGUGAAAUUAAUUGAGCUUUGGAUAGGAAGAAUAAAUAAAUAUGGGAGAAAUCAAGGAACUGGUAUUUCUAAUCAUGUUUGGGGAAGAGCUCCAUAGAGAGAAAGUUAUUCAUUAAGGAAAAAAAAAGGUCAUCAGUUUUGUCUUUUGUGGGUCAUCAAGUGGAAAAUCUUUAAGGAAUUAUUUGUGAUAAUAGAUUUGCAAUACUAGGCAAAUGACCAUUCCGUGAUUUUCACCUCAUGGUGGAUACAACACUUCUUCCCUAAACCAGGCUCUGAGAUGUCUCCUAUGCUUGCGCAAAUGCAAGUCUGUUCCAUAGCAUAUGAAUUGUCCUCGAAUCUUCUGUUUCUGUCAAGCUGCACUUUUUACAUACAUUGUUUUAAAACAUUUUUUCUCCCUGUAACUUUAUUUAGGCCUUUCCUGCUAUUUGGCAUGAGUAUUUCUUUUUUUUUUUUAUGAAUUUUGAAAGUGAUUCUACUUGUCCAUGGCUCACUGAGACAGUUGUUAGAUUAGUGGGUCCCAUCUUGGUUCUGCCAUCUUGAGAAGUGGACAGACUACUUGGUUCCCAAAAGAUACCAUGAGGAUGUCUGGGGAAAAGGGAGAUGAAAUAAAAGUUCCUAUUUUCCUAGAAACUCUUUUGAAGACUUACAACUAUGAGCCCCUUGCUGGGAAGAGAGUAGUAGACAGAAUAACACAUUUGAGACUUGUACAGAUGGAAACUAUAUAGGUCUGAUGAAUUGAAAAUGUUUGAUUUGAACUUUGGGGGGGGGUUACGCAACUGUUGAAAUAAACACCUAAACUCCCUGUACCAUGUUGAAGCACACAUGGAUAUGAGUUUCUGAACAAUUAGAUCAGUUUUUGUUAAACAAACUUUUCUUUAAAGGAAGAUGUGGUUUUAAGAGGCAACUGUGACUCAAGGUCCGUUUAUCAUUGACACUCCUGAAUAAAGAUGCACCAUGGCUAACAUAUGA